UGACCGUCUGCCUGGUUAAAAUCUGGCACCCUCCGUGGGGUGGGGACAGUAGUCUGUAGUGUUGAGGUUAACACGUCCGGUGAGAAACACUGCUUUACUAUCAGAAGUUCAGCCGGGUGUCACCUAUAUAGGCUGUGCAGAGUGCACUGUCUAUGUCAAGUUAUAUCAUAGUCUCAUAAGUGUAAAGCAAAACUGUGUGUUUAAUUUAAGAGGUUAUAAAGAAACAUGGAAAAGUCUAAACCAAAGUCGUUUAGCAUCGACGCUUUGCUGGCACGUGGCAAAGAAUCUGCUAAAGAAGGUGAAAACAAACGGCCAAAGAACUUAAAGGUGGUAAAUUCUGCUCCGGUGCGGAUGUCAUCUCCUCAUUCUUCCCGACCUUCCUCCGUGGACUCUCUGCCCGUGUACACCUCAGAUGACGGUGCUCUAUCCCCAAGCCUGUCCCCUCACGGUGGAGGGGAGCCUCGGGUCAGCAUGCCCAGCUUCGUGCCCCGCCCUGGGAUGCUGCACCCCAGCCACCCCCUGCAGCACCACGGACACAGUAACAUACCUGCGGCUUUUCACAGUAUUUUGGCAGUUCACCCGUUUUACUCUCUGAAUAACGGACAGUACCACGGCCAACCCAGUCCGUUACCCAUGCUAGCGGGUAGCGCCUUCCACCCCCCUAGCGAGCAGGCGCUGAAAAUGUUACAACCCCACCAAUCCGCAUCCCUGGAGUGGUGGGCAAGACAGGGCAUCCUUAAUCAGAGGGUCGUGGAAUAUGCAGGUCAGGCGCAGGCGAACAUGCUGGGUAAAUCACGACGUCCACGAACCGCCUUCACAAGCCAGCAGCUUCUGGAGUUAGAACGCCAGUUUAAACUUAACAAAUACCUGUCCAGGCCUAAAAGGUUCGAGGUGGCCACAUCCCUCAUGUUAACCGAAACACAGGUGAAAAUUUGGUUUCAAAACAGAAGGAUGAAAUGGAAGAGAAGUAAAAAAGCCAUAAUGGAAGCGAAAUCAAAACCGUCGCAGGAGAAAACCAAGGGAGAUAAACUAAAAGAGCAUGUAAUUACCCCUGUUAAGGUCGAAAAAAGUCCGGGAACAGAAGCGGAAGUACCCACGGCAAAAGCGGAGGAAGCCGAAGUAGUUAAAGGCGGUGUUGACGAUAACGAUGUGGACUUUGACACAGAUAACUCAGACUGUGACGAUUUGAUUGACGUCAGCUAUUCCGAUGACGUGACAAGACCAGAAGGUCACGUGUUGUCAGCGUCACAAAUAUCUGAAAAUUUGCACAUUCAAAACAGACUUCAACCAGCACAGGCAUAGUGUUGUCAGCGGCCCCUGCUGACUUUAGGUUGCUGAAAAAACAUUUACUAUUAUUUAUUCUGACAGGAGCAGUAUGACUUGAAUGUCGAUGGACAUUUCUUAUUAUGAACUUCCGGAAGCCUCUGGAAAGACAAUAAUAACUGAAAACGAUAUUUCACUAAUCUUAAUUUGCAUAAACAGUGCUUUGUGACAUUAUUAACAGGUUAGCCCAUGUAACUGGAUUGUGUACAUUUCUACCACAUUGUAUAUAUAGAGUAUAAAAGUGUAGAAAAAUUCUUAGUGUCAUCUGUGACUGAAAUGUUGAGAUUAAAACUUUGCAA